AUGAUUCUUUUUCUCCUUAUAGACCUAAAAAACGAAAACUGGGAGCUUACAACAAGAGACCUUUUCAAUGACAUCAUCGUCUUCCUGAAUGCAUACCACAAGUCGAGCCGCAGUAACCGAUUUAUAGUUGUAAGCGGGAAAAAUAUUCUUUUUGACUCUUCGGAAAAUGACAUUUCGGAAAUAUACAAGAUAACGGAGUUCAACCACGGCUAUGACGUUGGAGAUCUUGGAUAUGCACUAUGCUUGCAUAAAGAUGAGCCAACGCAAAUUGUAAUCUUUACACUUGGGAGGGAACGAAAGGAUGAGUAUCUGAGGUAUCUGAAAUGCAUGUUUGCAGCACAAAGGCUUGGAGUAAGAAUUAGUGCAUUUUCAUUGUUUGAGAACAAAACAAUUCUCCAAUGCUGUGUAUCAACAGGAGGUGAUUAUUCCACAUCGGAGGAUAGGUGCUUAAGGUUCCUACUCUCCCUUCUAGGAACAGGGGGGAGUCAAAAACCCUUGGGGUUUCCAGCAACCUGCUACUGUCAUAAUAGACAGAUACUGCUAGGGCUUGUAUGUCCAAUAUGUCUUUCUGUGUUCUGCAAGUUCAUUCCUGUAUGCAAGAAAUGCAAAAGCAAAUUUAGCUUCGCCAAAUAUGAAAGCUAG